AAAAGAUUUUCAAAACGUAAACAAUUUACUUGUUAAGUAUAUAAUUUAACCGAGAAUAGUUGGUAGCGUAAAAUAAUAUAAAAAUGACAACAUAUCUAUCGUGGGAAUAUCCGGAAAUGCCGGAGAACGUUAACAAAUUAUUGCUGCAAAAUGAUAAAAAAUUGGUGAUCAUAGGAGUUAUAGGUAAAUCUGCAUUUCCUGAUUGCAAUAAAAUGGUAGCUCUUAAUAUAUUAGACCGGCAUCCCGCUUUACUAGACCACGAAGCAAAAGAGGGUCAAAUUCAAUUUUAUUAUAAUCCUGCAGAGUCCAUAUUGUGGUUGCAUUUUGAGACCACUUUGGAUGCGUUUUGCAUGCAAAAAUUGCUUUUGGAAGAGCUGCAGAACGAAACCUUUGAUCAAUUUUUAACUUUUCACCAGCGUAUGCGUAGUCGUUUUGCACGCAUGUUCCUCUUUGCUACUCACGUGUGCCACCUGAUAGUAUUUGUUGAGCUUAGUGUUACUUUUGAUGCUUCAUUGUUAGGCAUGUUUAAAGCCUUGAAGAUUAUCCGAGAUCGUCACGUUCUACGUUUUUUGCCCAAAUUUAUUAAAAAUUCCAGAACUGGAUUUAUGUUCGGUAAAACUGCUCGCUUAUGUUCGCCAAGAGUUCUGUUCCUUUUUGAAAACUUGCCAAAAGGCUAUGAGAAGUCUUACGAAUCAAUUUCCAAAAUGGAGUUCGAAGUGGAAGAUAAUAUCUAUAAAAUGUUACGUAAUGAGUAUAUAGUGGUCAAUAAUAAUGCAUCUUCGCUAUUCUCUAUACCGGUUAACCAGCGUUUCGUUUAUUAUAAUUUAAAUGACAAGCACCGAGAAGAUCCCGUAUUAAGUUCGGUAAAUUUUUUGCAUGAAUUACUGAAGAAACCAAGCUUAUUGCAAACUGACGAAGAAAUAGAGGAGUUGCUGCCGUAUAAGGAUUUUGGUAGACCUUUUUCGGACCUCAGUGACAGUGACCAAAAACCGCCCGAAGAAGAACAGUUUUUUGCCCACAAUCGUAAAUUUAUGGAUCUACUAAAAGAACAUAUCGAUCAGGCUUUAGAUACUGGCUUCAAUGACAAUUUGUCCAAGUAUAAGGGCAAAAGUCAUUUUGUUGUGUUGUCCGCCAAACCUUGGUUUGAAGCUUUUAAGUUAUUACAUAAGAUUUUCAUAGAAAAUCCCGAUAAUGAACAAUUUGAGGCAAACGAUGCAGAUUAUAAAGCUUACUUAGAAAACUUUGAUAAAAUUGUAAAUUACGACAGCGAAUUUUUUAAGGCUUGCUGCGAUAUCGGAUUACAAAAAGCCUUUUCUAUGUAUAAUAAUCCUACACUUACAUACUAUAGUGCCGUGAUCCAUAAGAAAAUGACAGAAGAAGCCGUUACACUUUAUCGAAAAUAUGCCAGGGGUCCAGAUAAAUCUGUUAAUGAAUUAACUUUAAGAGAAAUGUGCGAAACGUGUUGGAAAUCGGGUAAACAACAAUGCGAAUAUCCUAGUUUGCGUGGCAGUCCUUGUGCUCUUCCUAAACAUAUUGUUAAAGAAGCAACUGAACAUUCUAGUGGCGUUGUGUACAUAUCCGCUUGCAACUGUGGAAAGACGCAAGGACGUCGGGAGGACCCUUACAGCAUACGUCAUGCCAAUUAUGAGUUCUAUGAAUAUAUGGCCAAUAAUUGUACAUUGUGCGCAAAAGUCAAGCACAUACGUUUCGCAAUAUUUGAACCUUCCAUUAACGAUUAUAGGGCUGCUGAAUAUGACCGCGCGUUUUGUAAAACCUCUCUUAGCCUGAAUAAAGAAGAUGAGAUUUAUUCAAUGAAUGCCCAUUCCGAUGAAGAUAAUUAUGAAGAUGAAAACAUGUCGCAACGAUUAAUGGCUUCUCAAAAUUCUCACACCAAUCUUAGUCUUUCAGUUUCUUUAGAUAAUUUGAAUAAAAUUGAUGAGCGUGACAAUGUUAUGAACAGUUCGGACGAGUCUGUAAAUGAACUGAUUUUAAAAGUAAAAGACAAAGAGGUUCAAGACGAAGAUAAAGAACGUUCCGUAUUACGACAGCCUUCCACCACUGAAUACCUUCCGGGUAUGGUUCACACUGAAAGCCCAGUGGGCUUAUUGCCGCAAUUUCCUAGUUGGUCUUUAUGUUGCGUGGGCGCAAGCUCGGUUUAUAGUCACAAUACUGGUUUAAUGGAACAUUUCCAAAGUGGAUUUUUGACAGGCUCCAAUUUUCUUUUACCUUGGGAUGUGCACGUUCGCUUGGAACAUUCAGCAUCUUGGGCGGCUGCUUACGAAAAAACCCGCUAUCGCAAAAUGGGUGAAGUAUUCGUGCUGAAAAUAUUUGUCGGUUUUGAAUAUGAAUGUCCACGAGGCCACCGAUUUAUGAUGUCCGCACCUGAUAAAGUGCUAAGAGGAGGAUCAGGAAUUCUACGUGACAGUGGAAGUAAGGUUGUUUACAAUAAUAUGCCGUUGUAUUUUCCCUGCCCAUGUCGCACGAAGAAAUUUGAUGUAGCCCAACUAAUGAGAAUACAUGUGGUUACACCGAAAGCUCCCGUGAACGUUAUAUUGGAUCCUAAGAAUUUAUGUGCUCUGGUAUGACCAUUGUUCAACAAGACUUUUUGAGAAAAUUCAAAGUGCUUGACAAGUUUCAUCCAAUUUUUGUUGAGCUUACAGCAAUCGUAAGGUAACUCUCUCUAUAGGCCUUCUCUCCAAAUAAUCGCAAUAAAUUGCUAACAUCUUUAGAAGCAUUAAAUUAUUGUCCGCAACGAAACUGCAUCUUAUUUGGGUACCAAGUCAUUACUGUCUUUCGCUCAAUGAAAAAAAGGUGAUGGUCUAACAAAGGAAGCAGUCCAAUGAUAAACGCUGAAUCAUGAAUAUCGCAGAUUUUCAACUCAUGUGAAAAUAAAUUGCUAAAUCGCCUUCUAACAGGACACACAUAUGACAAAGCCUAGCUUCAUAUGAUUGGGUCUGCACCUAGUGAUCUUCGUGGCACAUGCAGCUUAAGCAUCAGUACCAGAAAUUAUGUUAGCUUUUUCUCAUUCUUUUCGGAUUUAAAAAGUAUCUUUUUAGCAAGCGAUGAAUAGUUACUCAAAGAGCUGACUUCCUUUAUUAAACUAACGGGUAUUGAACUUUGAUAUACCAUUCAAUAUAAACAUUAUCUGUUUAUCGUCAAUUACUCUUUGGUCUUUAUUACAGUCGCUAAAAAAAAUUUUAUUUACAGGAAAAAUUUUUAGAAAAUUUUACAACUUUCUUUGUCCACAUGUAAGAGGUUUAAAAGUCAUGAAAGGAUAAAUUUUGUAAAAGAGACCGUCUCCAUUUGAUUUUCCUAUAUCCCAAUAUUUGUAUUUCUAAUCUUGCAUGAUUUUGUUUCAAAUUAGACGGAAGGUGUCUUUGGGGAGAUAUUUGGUUGAGA